AUGAGGUAUAUCAUACCGCAGGCAAACCUAACGUGGAACAGAUCAACAGCUGCCCUCGACUUCGUGAACUAUGCCGAACGAAACAACCCUAAACUAAUCGAUCCGACCUAUCUUGACGACCACAUGCAACAUUUCCUCGAGUCUCUUGCCGGAAUGUACGAGACAGAAUGGGCCUAUCGUUCGGAGUAUCCUGUGCAGGCUGUCGAGGGGGCCGUUCUGGGCGGACACAUCAUCAACAGCCUUGAUGGUGUCAUCAACGCAACCAUGAAUGGGAGUAGCGGUGCUCCUCUCGUCAGUGUUUUCUUCGGCGAGCGCGGCCCGCUCAUCUCUCUGUUUGGGCUCAUGGGGAAAUUCGCAUCCUGGAUGGACUACGAGCUAGUCCCACGACCGGGCGCAUCCAUGGCUAUCGAAUUGGUCGACCUAGGUACUCCUAGCUUGCUCAGCACAGGCAAUAUGGCCGUGCGCCUUUAUUAUGCCCCCAGAGUGGCCAACGUCGAAUCUCUCAGGCCAUUGUACACCCCCAUGAGCAAAAGUAGUCGCCCCCGCGCCUUUUCUGCGGGUAACCGAGCCCACCUAACCGAGGAUCCCCGGCCUGACGAUGAUGCCAUUCCAUACAAGGCUUUCAAAGACAGUACUAAGCGGUUCGCAUUCCAAGAUCGCAAGGCCAUGGAGGCCAGCUGCAAGCGUUCUGGCUUGGGGACGGGCCCCGGGAGUCGGCGAGAGCGUAUACGAGGAUGUUUGCGGACCCUUUUCCGGUAUCCGGCUGUCUUCGCCAUGGGCGGCAUCGCUGGAAUCGUGGUUUCCUCGGCUGGCCUCGCUGCCGCCAUGGCAUUUGGCGGAUACUCCAUGACCAAGGGGGCAGUGGAAGAGGAAUGGGCAGAAACCAGCGAGGAGCCGACGCAAGAAACGACAGUGUAG